ACUCGAGGAACCCAUUUUCUCCGUUAACAAACCAAAACAUCCUUCUUUUCCUCUCUUUCUCUCUUGCGUUCUUCAUCAUACUUUCUCCACCUAAAAUUCUCUUAGCUCCACAGAAAUGAUCCAAGGAGUAAGGGAAAGCUGCCUAGGAGGAGGAGGUUUAAGGUUUGAAUUAUCAAUACCGUUUAAUAACGGUACCGGAAUUGUCCCUCCUCCAACGGCUUUAACUAUAGAUGUAGCAGAGACGGUUGAAAACAAGAUUCAACGGUUGAUACAAGAGAAUCCAGUGAUUAUCUUUAGUAAAUCAUCUUGUUGUAUGUGUCACGUCAUGAAGAGGUUGUUAUCAAACUUGGGGUGUACACCUACUGUGAUUGAAUUAGAAGAUGAUGAGAUUUCUGCACUUCCAAUGGAGGAUGUUGUUCCCGGUGGCGCGGCACCGGCUGUUUUUAUAGGUGGGGAGUGUAUUGGUGGAUUGGAGAGUUUAAUGGCUCUUCAUCUUAGUGGUAAUCUUGUUCUUAAACUUGCUCAAGUUGGUGCUAGAAAUUUUUUGUAUAAAUUUUAAUUAAGAGCUUUGUUUAUCAAUGUCGUUGUCGAAUUCAAAAAUCAGAAAAAAUUAAUCUAUUAAAGCGCCGAGAUUCUAAAUAUAUGAGUCUGUGCGCCGCUAUAAAUUUCUCAGUUCAUGGAUCGCUGGUCGAAGAAGGAUUGAAAAUAUUUGUCGAUCGGCAAAUAGCCUUUUGUGAUUUGUUUUUGGUAUUGUAUUAGUUAGUUUAGACAAGGGUUUGUAUAGAUCUAUAUAAUCCUAGGUUUGUUUCCAUUAAUGGGUAUCUCUUUUGUGUACCAAAAUUAUAAGAAAAUGAAAGAUGAAAAAAAAAAUUAUUGUAAUGUACUGGAUGUUUCGUUUCAUUAUUUUACUUUCUUGUAAAAAGAUUAAGUUUACAAAUUACAAUCAAGCAUGGGCGAAAGGUUCCUUCAGCA